AAAGUGACAGCAUGGAGGGUUUUCCCGAGCACCCAAGCGGUCCGCGCAGUUCCCACGAACCCCGCGGAGGACCGUGCCAACAGGUUUUGGUCGUGGAGCCUGAGCCCGUUUCGCACUCAGGCUUCGCGUAUCGGUGGUCGACGCACCUCGUUUGACGCCCGCGUUUACGGUAAAACUUCAUCGCACCCCAAAACCCUGUCGGUCAGCCGCUCGUGGGUUCUUGGUGAACGUUAUACCGGAAGACGGUCAUGGUACGACGUCAUGCGGCGACGUACGGAGGGUGUGUGCUGAUGGGGCAGUGCCGUUCGGCGCCGCAGGCGCUCGGCAGCCGCUAUAAAUUGGUCGAGACCUUGCCCGUAGGGGUUGCUCUAUCAUACUACGAGCGCGCACAAAAUGAUGGGGCGGAAGGCAGCCAAAUCGGCUGAAACAGUAUCGAGCUAGUAUUACCAAGUAGGAAUGUGAACGACUUUUUUUUUUUUUACCAAGUAGGAAGUAGGAAUGGAUCAAGUAGGAAGUAGGAAUGGAUCGUAGGAAAAAAAAAAGUCGUUCUGUAUAUAGUAUAUGUGCUUGCUUAACGACUUCGCUCUUUGUAACGUGCGCAGGGGGUGUCAAACUGCGAAUCAUUGCGCCGCAGCAUGGUACGAUCAUGAACAUCGCAGAUCUACGUGCCAAUAACGGCCUCGAUGUGGAUAUAUCGGUCUCGGUGCGUACACACGAGGAAUAUGCAACUGCAUUCUACGGGCAUGUUCUUUGCCUUUAUAUCAAUGGAACCGCGCACGCUCAUAUCGGGGUUGUGUCCAUGAGCUCCGCACACAGUAUUGUAGUGCCAUCGACACUAUGGCAAGUUGGACAAACUUGGAUACACGCAGGGCUGUAUUUGCUAUUUUGCCCCGGGGGCGGCGCGGUUUCGGAUCGUCCAUUUUAUUCUAAGAAACAUAUAUUAGGUGCAAUAAUACAAACGACAAUGAUGCGAGCUCCGGUCCCGUCUAUGCGAGCACUCCUAUCUUAGUGAAGGUUCAGAAUGUCUAUUCGCUUCCGGUAGAUAUAUUAUUGCAUUGCAGACUGCAAUUUAAAUACAAACAUCUCAAGGUGCUAGAGGAGAAUGUUGACGACAAAGUCACCCUGGUUCUACCGCGAGCCCAAGGGUACUUGACUAUUUAUUCCACAGAGUAUUACGCGAAUAGGCUAAUGAUUGAUGAUGCGCAUCGUGCACUUUUGCUUGUUGGAACACUGCAAGCUCACAGUAGCCCUACUCAUCAGAGUAUCCAAGAGGUACCUUCUAAGGUCUAAUCAGUGGCCUAUGCCGUUUCAUAUAGCUGCUUGUUGUCGUGCCGGAUACACAAGCUUUUGCUCUAGCUGUACUCGAGGCGUCGCACACUUGUCCACCAACAUCCGUCAUCAAUGAAUCUUCAUUGUUCAAUGGAAUUGUCAAGCAGACUUGGCAUACAUACGCCCUUCAAAUGGCGGUGAAACUCCUUGUGGCGCAGAGAGUCACGACAAAUUACUAUGUAACUGUGGAUGCAGAUAUUCUUCUGGUUGGCACCUUCGAUGCAGCCCUAUUUUUCCCGGGUGGGAGAGGCACGUGGCAUUCAGUGUCAGCAUGAUUCCGUGUUCAUCAAUUGACUCUUUGCAUUUGUUCCAGCUUCGUGGAAGAGCAUCGUGGUGUACAUCCGCACUGGUGGCGUGGCUCAGCAGACAUUCUUGGCCUAACUGAAGAUGACUACCCCAAUGCAGCAUUUGGCGUCACACCGGCAGUCCUUUCCACUAUUGGCUCGGUAAUCACAACAUCACUUAUCCGAGAUGUAUUUGAAGAUGAUGACUGGCAGCAGAGAUGGCUGGGGUCGUGGAGCAAUGGCACAUGGUGGAGCGAAUAUACGCUUUAUCGGCUAGCCCUUGAUAUUAGAGGGCUCUUUGAUAAUAUUCACGUGGCUUCCGAAUCAGAAACCUUCUGCAACCCUGUCUGGUACCACGGUGAUCUUCCUUGGGAUGCAGUGGGUGCUUUCCGCAACAAAAAAUGUGUUUUCUCGCUCGUCCAGUCGACAACACAGCUCGCCCCUUCCUUAGUUGCCGCAAGUAUUGGCUUCCAUGUCCAUCAUGAUCACCCCCAUUCUUCAGUCUAGCUUCCUGUUGUUAAAACCAAACGAGUCACCGUAACGGCACCACUAGUAUUAGAAGUAAUCAAGACUCGGACUCGUGCAAGUACUCAUGCCUCCUUUUUUAGGGCCAUUUUCGAGUCUCGCCAGGUUCGCACUCACCGGUUAUUUACCUAUUAUUACCCCUUGGGAGGGAUAUGGGGUUAACCCGGUACUUAAUAACCAGACGGGUUUUACAACUAAAAACCCGUUUAGUGAGAUUAGAGAAAAAGACUCGUCCGGGCGAGCGGAUGGGCGCAAGCAGCCCGUCGGGCCUUGGAGUACGUUCAGGUGCGCCGAGCCAAGUACCGAGGCAUGUCGCCGCCAACGGCCCGGCGGGGCCGCCAGGGCCCGCGCCAGUGGCCCAUGGGGCCCCCUCCCCUACCCCUCAGGCUCCCGGGCCGAGUCCGAGUCUAUAAUAUAAGAUCCUGGGGUUAACACCCGCACUAACCGGCAAUUACCCGGGUUAAUGACCCCGGGCCGCGCCACGUCCGGAGACUUCCGAUGAUUCCGUCCAGGUAAGUGGCAACCUACUAGUAGAUAGAGCGGCCGGUCGAGUAAAAAGCCUUUUUAGAAGGCCGCCGGGGAGCCCCGGCCCGGGCCCCCUUCUCUUCGAGUCACGGCGGGUUUGAUAUAAAGAACAGACGCUUAAUCUGGUGCUAGUGGAGUGCAGCGA